AAAAAUAAGAGGGGGCACAGCCCCCUUGAAUAAGUAGAAGGGGCUUGAGCCCCUCUGAGCCCCCCUGUUCUACAGCACUGAUCUUAAGGGUUCGAAGUCUGGUAUGAUAAUGUUGAUUUUUUGCUAAUCGACACACUGUACCCCUACCUAACCGCCGUCAGCUAUGGCGCCCCCAAUGAUAUAGAAGCGCCUGAGGCGCUAGAUGUCUAGCUCAGAGGUACGCUGUGAGGCAAAUCUGUUUUCUUCGGCCAUUUUGAAUAGUGGCAAAAAGGAACUUGCUACAUACUGAGCUCUUAUAAAUUUGGUAACAGUAGUAAGGAUUGAUUUCGUUCACUUCUCUUUCGAAUAUCGAUGUGAAAUUUGGAAAUUAAACAUAGCGUUGACUUCCGCCCCUAUCCUCGGUGAAGAACCAAUCAUCGAACACAUCGAUCCUGCAUGCAGACUCUGUUCACAAAUUGAAAAGGGGAAGAAUCAAUCAUCGAGGAGAAUUUCUUUCCUUCCAAGCAACCACACCGCAACAGCGACAACAACAUUUGCAUAAUCUCUCUAGUAAAUAAGGAGUGUAUGCAAGGUAUUUCUUGAGGUGAAUGCAAGAAACACCAUGCUAAAUUGCCCAGGCUCAGAUUGCUGGAAAAUACUGUUUCCGAAAAAUUUCAAGGAAGAUGCAAAGUCUAUUUUGAAAUUUUCUUGGCCUAUUCUCUUCAGCAGCGUUUCUGAGAUGCUAGUACCCAUUGUCCCUUUGAUAUUUGUUGGUCAACUUGGUGAAACAGAGCUUGCUGCUGCUGGUUUAGGUAUCUCAUAUUGCAACUUGGUUGGGUUCGCACAGUUAUUUGGCCUAGACACUGCAACACAAACCCUUAGUGCACAAUCUUUUGGUGCUGGCAACCUGUUUAGGUAUGGAGUUAUUUCACAGCGUGCAGUAAUACUGCAAUUGACAUGGGCCCUCAUUAUAUUGCCGCUUUGGAUCAAUUCAGAGAAGAUAUUGUUGAAAUUAGGACAAGAAAAAGAUGUUGCAAGAAUUGCAGGUCUGUUCAUAAACACAAGAAUUCCUUCUUUGCUGCUGCAAGGGAUUUAUCGGACAAUGAAGACAUAUCUUUAUUGUCAGGAAGUAUCAGCCCCUCUUGUUGUCAUUGGUUUCAUUUGCCUGGGGUUUUCUGUUGUUGCAAAUUACUUGUUUGUUUCGUACUUGAAAAUGGGAGUCGUAGGCAGUGCUAUCGCCAUUGAUCUUACAUACCUUCUUCUAUGCCUAUUACUUUUUGGUUACAUACGGAAGAAGAAAAUUUCGCAAACAUGGCCAGGCUGGUCUGGAGAAUGUCUCCUGCAAUGGGGUCAGUUUGUUAAACUAGCUCUUCCAGGAGCACUUAUGAUUUUUUUUGACUGGGGAUCAGCGGAGACUGGAGUGUUUUUAAUGGGAUUAGUUGGUAAGGUCGAGGUAGGAGCACAGAGUGUGAUUUUCAAUAUCAUCAACAUUUUGUUCAUGGUAUCAGCCAGUCUUAACAUUGCUGCAUCCGUAAAAGUUGGGAGCUACCUUGGGUCUGGAGAACCACAGAAAGCUAUAAAUUCUGCAAAAAUAGCUUUUAUUUUAUUUUUAAUACUCAGUGUUUUUGAUGCCUUGCUCUUGAUAAGCCUGAAAGACUACAUUGGCUAUGCGUUUUCCAAGAGCAAGAAUGUUAUAAAGAUGAUUUCAAGUGUCUGUCCCAUCAUCGCAGCAUAUCAUAUUUUAGAUGGCUCUCAGGGGAUAGCAUCAGGCAUCUUGCGUGGGAUCGGCCUCCAAAGGUUUGGUGCGGUGAUCAAUUUCAUUGGCUUUAUGGUCGUUGGGUUACCGUUAGGAGCAGUACUUGCUUUGGUCGUACAUUUAAACGUUGUCGGGUUUUGGUGUGGAAUGGCUGUAGGAAUAGCUUUGCAGGUUAUUUUGGCGCUGAUCCUUCUUGUAUGCUCAAACUGGAAAGACUUCUCUCGAAAGGCAAGGAAGCAUGCAGAAGUACCUGGUUUGGAAUUUAGUGAUGAAUCAACAUCUAAAGAGGGCCUUGAUAAAACGGAACAUGAUGCUCAACUUAUUCCCUCGGAUUCACUGAACUACGGCUCAAUAAAUGACUCUGAACAACAAGAGUCAAGUUUUUACCAUUUUAAAGCAGAGGUUACACAAUCUUUUCAAAUAGCAGAUUCAUGGGAGCUCAUAAAUGUAACCCCUUCAUCAGAAAAGUUAAAUAAGUAUAUAAUUUUUCGAACAUUUUUUGUCCUUUUAAUUCCAGUGUGCUCCUUGACUAUUGGAGUUUUGGCCAAAUUUUAUUUUUAAUCAAAAUUAUAUGCUAAAGUGGUUGUUCAAAUAUUAUCUUAUAAACAUUCACUUCAUUUAUUUUUGGUUUAUUCAUCUUAUCUUGAUUUGAAAGAUCAUUUACAAUA